AUGAUGGCGGCCUCUGCUUUUUCGUCGAAUUUCGUCAGCAGCGUGGAGGACUUCCAGGCGUUGUUUGCACCGAACAGCGGUGACCGUCUGCUGCUGUGCCACGAGGCCAUCCGCGAUGACGUGACGGCGGCGGGCUUGACGGCGUUUGAGGAUGCCGUGGGAGCGGCGGUUGCGACGCACGCCGUUAACGUGCGGCUCCACAUUUGGGACUGCAGCAGUGGCGCCUUUGCAGCGGCAAGGCAGCAGCUGGGGAAGGAGACUGGCGCGCCUCUGCUGCUGGUGGUGUACCAACAGACCAUCGCCGACACAUUCAGUAAGCCACUGCCUGCUCUGACGCAGGACGUCGCNGCCUCUGCUGCUGGUGGUGUACCAACAGACCAUCGCCGACACAUUCAGUAA